GUCAACUGUAGGACGUAACGUUCAUGUUUUUCAAAACAGUUGAGUUCAUUUAGUGUAGUCAGCGUUCAUUCGCUGCAAAUUCCGCUUGUCCCGUUAGUUUGAAAGCGUUUCACAAGUGCUUAUCUAUUUACAGUAUCCACGUCCGCAUUUAUCUUGAAUCUCACUAUCAAAGCCAAUAUGGAUCUAACUGUCCUUACUUCCAUUGUGUCGGGGGGCAUUGGUGUUUUCGUUGGCUGGUGUAUCUUUCGUCGGCUUGGUAGCAAUGUCAGUCUAGCAUCAAAACUGACUCAUUACAAGCCUGUUCCUGGUAAAAUGAAACUAGUGUUAAUAGUACGGUCUGAUCUUAAAAUGGGUUGUGGAAAGAUUGCUGCUCAGUGUUCUCAUGCUGCUGUUUCUUGUUAUGAAGAGAUUAUUGAGAGAAAUCCCGGUAUUUUAAAGGCAUGGGAAGAACAAGGACAACCAAAAAUCGUACUUAAAGUCGACAACUAUGAAGAAAUGCUUGAACUAUCCCACAAAGCCGAGUCAUUGGGCCUUGUUAAUUCAAUUAUACAUGAUGCUGGCCAUACACAAGUUCCUAAAGGCACCGCAACUGUUCUUGGGAUAGGACCGGCUUUAGCUUCUGAAAUAAACCUUGUUUCCGGUGAUUUAAAGCUGCUCUCUUAAGAUUAUUCCUGUAAACACUUAUGACAUAUGCACCAGUGUAAAGUUGAAACCCAACUAUUUUAGACUUCAAAGAAAAAAUACGAGAUUACUUUUGCUAA